GGGGCGGCGUGCGCCGACGUGACGCGGCUGCGCAGGAUGGGCCGAGCCGAGGCCGAGGCGGCAGCGGGAGGCAGCAGCGCGACGACGGCCCUCAAGCCUAGCCACCAUGAGCACCAAGCAGGUCACUUGCAGGUACUUUAUGCACGGCGUGUGUCGGGAAGGCAGCCAGUGCCUGUUCUCACAUGACUUGGCGAACAGCAAGCCAUCCACCAUCUGCAAGUACUACCAGAAGGGCUACUGCGCCUACGGACCGCGGUGCAGAUACGAUCACACGAGGCCCUCGGCUGCAGCUGCUGGGGCUGUGGGUCCCUUGCCCCAUGCUGGGCCCUCCCCAGGCUUCCACAGUCCUCACCCUUCUGCCGACCUCACCACAUCUGUUGUGAAAACGCAGUCCCAGGAGCCUGGGAAGCGGGAGAAGAGAACGUUGGUGCUCAGAGACCGAAAUCUCUCUGGCCUGGCUGAGGAGAAGACUCACCCAAGCUUGGUGAGUAAUCUAGGCAGCUGCAGUGACCCCCAGACGAGCCUGGAGGUGAAGCCCCAUUCCUACCUCGACGCCAUCAGGAGCGGCCUGGACGACGUGGAGGCCAGCAGUUCCUAUAGCAGCGAGCCGCUGUGUCCCUAUGCUGCUGCUGGGGAGUGCCGGUUUGGGGAUGCCUGUGUCUACCUGCAUGGGGAAAUGUGUGAGAUCUGCAGGCUGCGAGUCCUGCACCCCUUCGACCCCGAGCAAAGGAAGGACCACGAGAAGAUCUGCAUGUCGACAUUCGAGCACGAGAUGGAGGCGGCCUUUGCCUUCCAGGCAAGUCAGGACAAGGUGUGCAGCAUCUGCAUGGAAGUGAUCCUGGAGAAGGCGUCCGCCUCUGAGAGGAGAUUUGGGAUUCUCUCCAACUGCAACCACACAUACUGCCUGUCCUGCAUCCGGCAGUGGAGGUGUGCCAAGCAGUUUGAAAACCCAAUCAUCAAGUCUUGCCCAGAGUGCCGUGUGAUAUCAGAGUUCGUAAUUCCAAGCGUGUAUUGGGUAGAAGAUCAGAAUAAAAAGAACGAGUUGAUUGAAGCUUUCAAACAGGGAAUGGGGAAAAAAGCUUGUAAAUACUUCGAGCAAGGCAAGGGGACCUGCCCGUUUGGAAGCAAAUGCUUGUACCGCCAUGCUUACCCAGACGGGCGGCUGGCAGAGCCGGAGAAACCUCGGAAGCAGCUCAGUUCGGAAGGCACCGUGAGGUUCUUUAAUUCAGUGCGGCUUUGGGAUUUCAUUGAAAACCGAGAAACCCGGCAGGUCCCCAACACUGAAGAUGUUGACAUGACAGAGCUUGGGGACCUCUUCAUGCACCUCUCUGGAGUGGAAUCAUCAGAACCCUAGGGUCAGUGGUUGUCCCUGCAUCUUGGGCUCUGCCCAUCACAACUCUGCUGAGCCAGGGUGUGCAGCGGCGUGUCGCCUGGGCUCUAGUGCGGUUGUACUCACCCUUGGUCUCCACCACUCUCCCUUAUUACAGCCCUGGGAGAGUGAAGCAUAUAAAAAUAACCUAAUAAGUACAUGAAAUCACUAUUUUUAUAGUUGGUAUCUUAGUUGUCCCUGCAGCUUCUCAGGGGACCAGCUGUUUGGACUGUUGGCUUUUAAAGGAAACCUGGCUCCUGUCCUUUGAUUGAUUUUUUUUCCUCCUUAGAAACAGUAAACUUGCAGCUGGCCUAAAGCAGCAGAUUGAAUUUUCUUACCAAAGGAAUCCUCAGUGGUGACUCCCCUGGAGUGUUUGGACAGCUUGCUCAGAUCUUGCUGUUCACGGGCACCUUGUUGCCUCGUGCAGCUGGCGGUCAGGGUUUUGCUGCCCAGGCCUAUGGCCAGUCCUCGGCCCAUCUCCUACCUGGAACCCUGGCCCAGCAGCACUUCUGGGAACGGAGGCCGUGUGUUCUUGACAUCAGUUUGAUUUUAACUAAAGAAUGUGUGUAAUCUUGCAAGUUAGAACAGACUUGUUACAAACCUGGAUUUUAUCUAUUUUUGUAAAAUGCUGUAGAUUAUUUUAUAAAAUGCAUCUCUACAGUGUGGGUAGAUUAACUGAGUUUAGAGUGCUUUUUGCUUCAUUUUUAUAGUUGUAUAACCAGUAAAGCAUUACAAAGAGCAUAAUUGCACCACUCAUUCAGCUCUAGAGGGAAGUGGGACGUUGAGGCUGUGGUUCCAGGUCACUUUCAAAGGAGUUAACAGCCAUUAAACCUAAAUUUAAUUUAUUUUAUUAAAAUAACAUAAUUGAGGAACCAUUCAUAACUGUAUCUUGUCAGGCGCAAUAAAAACAAAAUUAAAACCCAAAUCAUCAAGAAAACCUGUAUUCCUGGCUUCCUUGCAUACACAAUUAUGUGACUAGAGAGACGGGGCUGGCCCUGUGGCCCACCCCAUAGGGGCAGCCCCUGGAAGACGAAACUCAGCAUGAUGGGAGGGCGGAGCACCGUGCCCAGAAAGCCACCCUCUGCACUGGACAUCUCCGGCUGUGACAGGCAAGUUCUCUAGUACCAGAGCAGGCUCCUCUGGGCGGCGCAUCUCCGCAGUCCUGGGUUGUUUGGUGAGUCAUGUGCAAAACUGUCUGGCGCUGCACCGCGGUUUCUGAAAAGAAGCUGGUUUCCAGAACCCCACAACCUUUACU